AUGAUGGAGAAGUUCGACGUCGCCGUCAUUGGAGCCGGAAUGGCAGGAAUCACCGCUGCCCGAGACCUCAGCAAGAAGGGCCUCUCAGUGGUUGUCUUGGAAGCCCGGGACAGGAUUGGCGGCCGAACAUACCUGGAAAAGGGCCUUGGGGAUGAGAUCGAGCUCGGCGGGGCAUAUGUGCACUGGACACAACCGCAUGUUUGGCAUGAAUUACUAAAGCAUGGCAUCUCGCUGCUUCCCCCUCUGAGGGCCACCAAGGCUUAUUGGCUGGCAGACGGAAGCGUGCACUCCGGGACAGAGGAGGAAUAUUACGAGGCACUCGGUCCUGUCAUGACACAAUUUUUUGCCGACGCCCGCGAACGCUUUCCGUUGCCUUUCAUGAUCAAUGCGGUAUAUAAUAGCGACAUUGAACGCGAAGGCAUUGAGGACCGGAUCCAAUCCUUGGGUUUAUCUGCCUAUCAUCAGGACGUCCUGGAUGGAGCUCUGGCGGGUGUGGUCCACAAGCACAAGGACCACGGCAUCGCGCAGCUACUUCACUGUGUCGCAACGUACUUUGGUGACUACAAGGCGUUCUUCGAGACGGCCAGCUUCUGGGCUAUUGAAGGUGGCACCAAACGCCUGAUCGACGCUAUUAAUGGCGAAUCGACUGCUGAGCUACGUCUCUCGACCCCCGUGGCUGCGAUCCAGGACCACGGCUCAAAGGUAUCCAUCACGACGCGAGCCGGCCAAAAGGUCCUGGCGCGCUCCGUAAUCGUUGCGGUACCGGUCAACACCCUCAUUGACAUCAAAAUCACGCCCAAUCUGCCCCGCCCUGUGGCCCAGAUGAUCGAGCAAAAGAACCCAGUCAUGGCAAGCAAGAUUUGGGCCCGGGUGCGAGGGGAGAUCGAGGGUUUCGCUGCGUUCGCGCCUGUUGGAAAACACCCCAUUAAUGCGGCCUGA